AUGAAUAGCUCUCAUUUUCCGUCCUUGCUGCUCCCAGGAUCCCCACAGGGUCAAAACAGGAAUAAGUCAAAGGGCGUCCUGUACAACUUCUUUGACCACUGCCAGGAUUCGACAGACCUGAUGGUCUUUAUUGUUACCUCCUACAGCAUUGAGACCAUUGUGGGAGUCCUGGGCAACCUCUGCCUGAUAUGUGUGAUGGUUAGGCAGAAGGAGAAUGCCAAUGUUACCAACCUGCUCAUUGCCAACCUGGCCUUCUCUGACUUCCUCAUGUGCCUCAUCUGCCAGCCGCUUACGGCCAUCUAUACCAUCAUGGACUACUGGAUCUUUGGUGAGGCCCUUUGCAAGAUGUCAGCCUUCAUCCAGUGUAUGUCAGUGACAGUCUCCAUCCUCUCUCUUGUCCUUGUGGCCCUAGAGAGGCAUCAGCUCAUCAUCAACCCAACAGGCUGGAAGCCCAGUGUCUCUCAGGCCUACCUGGGGAUUGGGGUCAUCUGGCUCUUUGCCUGCUUCCUCUCCCUGCCUUUUCUGGCCAACAGUGUUCUGAAGAAUGUCUUUCACAAGAACCAUUCCAGGGCUGUGGAAUUUCUGGCCGAUAAGGUGGUCUGUACCGAGUCCUGGCCACUGAGCCACCACCGCAUCAUCUACACCACCUUCCUGCUGCUCUGCCAGUACUGCAUCCCACUGGCCUUCAUCCUGGUCUGCUAUGUGCGCAUCUACCUGCGCCUGCGGAAGCAGAGGCGGGUGUUCCGCAAGGGCACCUACAGCUCGCAGGCUUGGCAGAUAAAGCGGAUCAAUGGGAUCCUUGUUGCAAUGGUGGCUGCCUUUGCCCUCCUCUGGCUGCCCCUGCAUGUGUUCAACAGCCUGGAGGACUGGUACCAUGAGGCCAUCCCCAUUUGUCAUGGCAACCUCAUCUUCUUGGUAUGCCACCUGCUGGCCAUGGCCUCCACCUGUGUCAACCCUUUCAUCUAUGGCUUUCUCAACACCAACUUCAAAAAGGAGGUCAAGGCCCUGGUGCUGACUUGCCAGAAUAGCACCCCAUUGGAGGAGCUGGAGCACCUGCCCCUGUCCACAGUACACACAGAAGUCUCCAAAGGGUCUCUGAGGCUCAGUUGCAGGUCCAACCCCACGUAGCCAGGUCCAAAGCUUCUCUUUGCCUUGCUCAUUGCCAGGCUCCUUGACUUCACUAAGUGGGCUUGUGUAAGCUGAGGGAGAUACUCCAUAUUACUGGCUUUCUGGGGCCCAGGUAGGCUGGCAAGAGCCCAGUUUUGCAUGUAUUUGCCUUGUGAAGCCUGACAUUCAGAUGGUUCAGCUAUUUGUUCCUGGGGGACUUCUGAGUCUGGAUUCUUUGGGUCACAGUAUGCCUUACAGCUUGAGCAGAUGCCAGAGCCAGAGAUGGUCUGCAAGUAGCAGGCAGGGUUCAUUCUGGUAACUCAGCAACAGAUGUCUGGCCUGGGAACCCAGGGAUUCCACCUCUACCAAUGGGACUUCAAGGUCACUGUGGGGUGAGGGAAGGAACACAUGGAGUCAGAGCUCUGGAUUGGUCAGCCCCUAACCUCUGUGAGAGAUGAGGAUUCUAUGGAGGCAAGACAGUAGGGUUACUGUUAUUUGAUUAGCAUGCCCAGUGACAGUGAUUCUGGUAGCCCUGGGCCCUCACAGCCCUCUGAAGUAGGAAAAUCAGCCCUGAGCAGCAGGAAUUACAUGUUUCACAUCCUAUUCCAUCUUUUUCCUCUUUCACUGCAUCUGCCAUCUUGUAUGGAAAUAAGCCUGUAAGUAUCUCCCCUUGAUAAGAUUGUGAGGACCUUGAGGGUGACAUCUGCAUUGUCAUAGAGCUUGUAUCCUCCAUGCCCCAGAUAGGCCCUGGCACAGGGAGAGAGCUCCAGAAAGCUUUGCAUGGUAAGCUGAUGGGAAAACUGCCUGUAUAGCUGAGGACUGGUGCCCCGUGUCAGGCUCAAGCACGGGAAGGGCUCAGGUUGCUGCAGCCACAUGUUAUCUGCCCUUCCUUGCCUCCCAGGACCUCUCUUGACAAGACAGCUGUCCAGUGACUCUGUGACCCUCCCCAGGGUCAACCACUGCUGAGGCCUACAGUGACUCAAGCCUCCUUCAUUUCACACUCUGACCACGGAACUGACUUACUCUAGGUGAUGUGUCAUGAUUAUUUCAAAGCCUCCUCACAUCUUUGGGCCUCCCAGUGGCCUUUGGUAGUGGGAGGGGCAGGGAGUUCUUGGCUUAAGGGAGUACAGGCUGAAAGCAGUAGGGGUCCCUUCCUCCAGCCAGGGAAAAUGGUGCAAGGGCUAUGAUGAGGAUGAAUAUCUCACCUUGGAAGUCAUGGGUCAGUUUUCUGGAUUCUGAGCUGGAUCCAAGGCUUCAUCUGUGUGUGGACAGAUAACUUGUCCUUGUAGAAGGCAGAAAUGUCAAGCUUGCUCAUGGACCACUUUGGAUGGGCCUGACUCUGUCUGCCCAGACCUACCCAACCUCCAGCAAAAUAGACAGUGGCUGAACCCAUCAUGGCCUCCCAGGGCAGGGUAUUCAGGUGCCUAUAACUCUAGAGGAGCCUCACUGUGAGGCUCCUGGGACUGGCAAAGGGCCAGGUAGCAGGAGAUGGAACAGCCAUAUCUGACUGUCUGGCCUGGCCCCUAACCAAGAACCUGUGCAGCCAACACUCAAGACAAGUGCAUUUUGAGUCAUCAGUUCCCUUCAUGGGGCUGUUUGUUUUGUCCCAGGUUUUGGCCACUGCCCCAUUUUGUUUCUUUCUUCAACUUUGUCCUAGUUUUUGGAAAGAUUGUUGACACUUUCUUGGAUGCAACUUGUGCUUGUUCUAUGGUGCCAUCUGCUGUUGGCUGCUCCAGGCAACCACCUGCCAGAAAACUCAGUCUUGGGACCCAUCCCAGCAAGAUGUCAUUGACCAAGCUCCCCAAGGAACCGGAGGCCUCAGGCCCCUCUAUAUCCCAUGAAAUUGCCUGGAGUUUGCUUCACAUCACUCUUCUCAGUGGUGUCAAGAUGCUUGAGGACCAGGGACCAGGCUAUGCAUCUGGUGAAGGUCUGGGCAUUAGGAAUUGGGGUAGUGGGUAGAGGCCUUAUUAAGUGUCAUCUCUGCUUUUCUCACCUUGCUUCAGUUGGCACGGCCUGCCUAGAUGGCUGCCUAUUGUUCCUGGUUCCCAAUGACCCUUGGAAUUGCCUGGCUACCCAGCACCCUGGGAACUUGCUGCUCAGAGUGUCUUCAGAAGACCAACAGCCUCAGCAUCACCCAGAGCUUGUUAGAUAUGCAGAACUUGGU